AUGACCGAUAUAGUCGAUUCUAUGCUAGAUCUCAUGCGCCGCCUUCCUCCAACCCGAGUGGAAGAAAACGUUGCGGCCUUGGUUGGAAUCUGUCCCGACUACGCAGAUGAUCUACUAGGCAGCGUUGAUCAGCCUUUGCAGGUGAAAGUAGACCACGCGACUGGACGGGAGUAUCUUGCUUGCGAUUACAAUAGAGACGGGGAGAGUCACAGGUCCCCGUGGUCGAAUGAAUAUGAUCCUCCGUUGGAGGAUGGUACAACGCCGUCUCCGAAACUUCGCAAGCUCGAGAUAUCUGCCAACGAAGCCUUCGAUACUUACCGAGAAAUGUAUUACGAGGGUGGCGUGUCUUCAGUAUACCUCUGGGACUUGGACGACGGAGGAUUCGCAGGCGUGGUUCUUCUCAAGAAAGUCAUGAACUCGUCUGCUCCUGAUGAACCUUCGGGAACAUGGGACUCUAUCCACGUUUUUGAAGCUUCAGAACGUGGUAGGCAAGCACACUACAAGCUGACAUCUACGGUUAUGUUGCAGCUUACAGCAACUGAGGGAUGGAAGAAGGACGGGGAGUUGAACCUGAGUGGAAGUAUGACGAGACAGAUUGAGAACGAUUGGCCUCUACAUGAUUUCUCCUCACAUAUCACUAAUACGGGCAAGAUGAUCGAAGACAUGGAGAUCAAAAUGCGGAACCUUUUGCAGGAGGUGUACUUUGGCAAAACACGCGACAUCAUAUACGAUUUACGAAGCGUCGAUGAUUUGGAGAAGGCGCGAAGACAAAGAGAAUUGCAAAAAGAGCUAGUAGGGUUUAUCAAGCGAUGA